AUGGGUCGACUAACUAAGUUUCUGUCCGAUGCGGAGAAAGCAGUGAGGCAAGCUGGGAGGGAUUUGCAGCAACAGCAACAGCCUGCUGGGUACCCACAACCGCAGCAGGGCCAACAGACUCAGCAGUAUCGCAACUCUCCCGGAUAUCCGGCGCCAUAUCAACCUCAGCAGCAGCAGCAGUACUACCAGACUUACUCUCCUCCGCCGCCGCAGUCGCCACAGCAGCAGCAGUAUCAUCAGCAACAACAAUAUCCUUAUCAAGCUCAACAGCCUUCCCAAGGGCUACCAACGAGCAGAAGCGCUCCUGUACCUCAGCAUGCCGAACCUUCACCCAGCCAGGCUGUCUCCAACAGCGGUCCCAGCACUCCUAUGCCAUUAGGAAUCCAGCCAGUAACUGAAUGUAUCGACAUGCCAUUCACACUACCGACCUACUGGUUCAUCCACAGUUCCUGCCCAGACUUUGUCAUUUGCAGUCGUUGCUACGCAGACCGCAUUCUCAACUCACCGUUUCGAGACACAUUUAUACCAGUAUGGCACGAUGACAGAUUAGAACGACAGUGUCUGUUUGGAACACCCCGCGUCAAAGACUAUCUUUGGCCUGCUGCUCUCUCAUCAAUGAGCCUCGAUAAUAUGAUGAGCUUCAUGGCCAUGAGGCCUGCCCUGGGUCGUUGUCCAGAGGAUAAAUCAGUCGAGGGUCAAGAGUGGUAUUACCCGCCAGAUCGACCAGAGAUGGCAAUUUGCAAGCCAUGCUAUGAAGAUUAUUUCAAGCAUACCUCGUUCUGCAAUAGGUUCAGUACACAUAAGCCUCAGGGUGCGGCAAGUUGUGAUCAUAAUCUUUGGUACAUCCGCCGAAUGCUCAAGCUCUAUUCUCCUAACAACAACUGGACAGCAUUCACCACGGGGUUCUAUAAAAGACUGCAACUUCCGCCGUGUCCCAAAGCGCAGCCUAUCGCAGGUCCAGAGAGGACUUGGUUUAUGUCCUCACGGGCCCCAUCGAACUUCUCGGUCUGCGAAGCCUGCUACUGGGAUUACUUCCACGAGUCUACUGAACGUCAGUCCUUUCGCACAGCUCGUCUUGGGCCUUCACAACAGGCAUCGUGCGAUAUGGCACAGGCCAACAUGCUCAUCCCGAUCAUUCGAGCGGUUGAUAAGGGCAAUUACCCCAGAUUCUGGAGCACUCUUCAAAGCCUCUCGCAGCACCCGCCUUGUAAUCCUCAGGGCGCAAGUGGAAUUUGCUGGUAUACGCUUCCGAGUGAUCCUCCGGAACUCGAUGUUUGCGCGACGUGUAUGGCUGGCACUAUAGCUAGCAUGAACAUGACUCACUUCUUCAAAGUCAAACAGUCUGUUGGACCAUCUGAGGCCCGUCUCUGUUCAUUCAACCUGCCAGGAUAUCCGCGCGGAGUCCUCUUCUUGCAGAGGUUCGCCGAGGCAGCUUACAUCAACGAUUGGCGACCACUCAGCGAAUUGGCAGUGGAUCUGAGUACCGCACCAACGUGUCCCAAGAUCGACCUCGAGUCAGCAAAAAAUCGUCGAUGGUGGGGAUGGGAUAAUGCCCAUAUCUGUCAAGAAUGUUACAUCGUCGUGGCCAAAGGUACGAAACUAGAAAAACACUUCACCAUGAAGGGAAGCCAAGUCGCUGAGUCCCGACUUUGUGAUCUCUACUCCCCUCGAAUGCGGCAGCUAUACAAGAACGCUUGCAAGACCCAAGACCUAGCAUCAUUUUUGUCUUUCGCCCGACAACGUCGCGAGAUCUACCUCCGGACAGUCCCCGAAAUGAACCGCAUGCUGGCAGCUGCCAAACACGCUCUCAGCCAGGCUCAAACACUUGGUCUCGCAGCUGUGACGUUUAGCGCGGCAGGAAAUCUGAACGCAACUAACUUUUAUUAUGAUCAUACGGUGGGAAACUCGACGGUCGGGCAUGGAUAUCAGAAUGAGCAGCUGUUGCAGGCGGCGAUGGCGGAUCACUCGAUGCAGCAGGUCGGGGCUGCUGCGACGGGUCCGGCGGCUGUGGCAAGGGUUGGUGCUCUGGAGAGGAUGUGGAAACAGGUUGAAUAG